GGGAGUAAAAUCUUGGUCUCCGCAGAAUUUCUCUGUUUAUCAACCCUAACUUAGCUCUGCUCAAAUUUUUACAUCCUGACAAAGAUUGAAUUCAGAAUUCGGGUUCUGACUAAAAUUGGAGAGAAGCAUACUUCAAGAUUCAUCUAUAAGCCAACAAUUCCUUUCUCUCUCUGGAUUUCUGUGUUGAUUCAACCCGUUUACAGAGAGAGAAAAAAACAACCGAAAGCUACAAGCAGAAGAAGAGGAAAGUGAAAUUUGCUUUGGGAAGAUGGAGUCGGAUUUUCCAGAGGCAACAGUGCAGAACAUACUGGACCAAGACACCCUCAAGUGGCUUUUUGUAGGAGGAAAAGGCGGUGUUGGCAAGACCACUUGUAGCUCGAUCCUAUCGAUCCUUCUCUCUCGGGUCCGAUCCUCUGUGCUGAUCAUAUCCACUGACCCGGCUCACAAUCUCAGUGAUGCCUUUCAGCAACGCUUCACCAAGACACCCACUUUGGUUAAUGGCUUCACCAAUUUGUAUGCUAUGGAGGUGGAUCCUACUGUUGAGAAUGAAGAUAUGGGUGGUGCCGAAGGAAUGGAUAGCCUGUUUUCUGAUUUAGCCAAUGCAAUUCCCGGAAUAGAUGAAGCAAUGAGUUUUGCUGAAAUGCUCAAGUUGGUGCAAACAAUGGAUUAUUCUGUUAUAGUAUUUGAUACAGCUCCAACUGGCCAUACACUCCGGCUCUUACAGUUUCCAGGAACCUUAGAGAAAGGUCUAGCAAAAAUAAUGUCCUUGAAGAGCAAAUUUGGAGGCAUAAUGAAUCAGAUGAGCCGCCUCUUUGGCAUUGAUGAUGAAUUUGGGGAGGAUGCAAUUUUGGGAAGGCUUGAGGGAAUGAAAGAUGUUAUUGAACAAGUAAACAAGCAAUUCAAAGACCCAGACUUGACAACUUUUGUCUGCGUUUGCAUUCCUGAGUUUCUCUCCCUCUACGAAACAGAGAGACUGGUGCAGGAACUCACAAAGUUUGAGAUAGAUACGCACAACAUUAUCAUAAACCAAGUACUUUAUGACGAAGAAGAUGUGGAAUCCAAAUUGCUAAAGGCAAGAAUGAGGAUGCAAACAAAGUACCUUGAUCAGUUCUACAUGUUAUAUGAUGACUUUCACAUUACUAAACUGCCACUGUUGCCAGAAGAGGUUACCGGGGUGGAAGCUUUGAAGGCAUUUUCGCAUCAUUUCAUAAAUUCAUAUCAACCUUCUAUCAAGCUAGACACAGUGGAAGAGCUGACGCGAAGGGUAUCAACUCUGACACAGCAAUUAAAAGAUGCUGAAGCAGAACUAGAGCGACUGAAAAAAGGAAAACAGAAAGCAUGAUUGUCCCUAGCUUAAAUCUUUUUGAUGACUCUUGUUGUUUCCUUCACCAAUUUUUCCCAGGUUGAUAUAGAUGGCAUCUUUUGUUAUAUUUCAACCUGCUGCUGGAUGCAUUACAUUUCAUAUUUUUUUAUGAGUGUCAUAUUUAUUGUAAGGGUUUUUUUUUUUUUUUAACCAUUAGCAGCAGGCAUUAAGCUUGCCAUGUCAAGGCAUCAAUGUUCUGUAACACAGGCAUUAAUUUUGAGAAUUUUUUUUUCAUCUA